AUGCCAGUACGAAAUUUUCCAGCUCUUGCUCUUAGCUAUACUUAUCAUAAUAACCCCAACAUUGGUGUCCCUACUCCUGGUAUUGUUCAUUCUACAGCUGGAAAUAAUGCUAAGCUCAUUUCUACUUUGGUUGCUGAUUUGGAUAGUAAAUUUGCUCUUAAAGCUCUUGGGGCAGUGAAAUACUUUCUAGGAUUUGAAGUUAAACGAAAUACUACCGGUUUGCUCUUGACUCAGACCAAAUAUGCUUAUGAUCUUUUAUUAAACGCAGCAAUGGUAGAAUCUAAACCAUGCUCUACUCCUAUGGCUACUAGACUCAAGCUUGGGAAAGAAGAUAGUAAAGUUUUUGAUCAUCCUACUCUCUAUAGAAGCAUCAUUGGUGGCCUAAAACAAAAGGUAGUAUCAUUGUCCCCCACAAAAGCCAAGUAUAGAUCACUCAGUCAAGCUGCCACUAAGCUGGUGUGGAUUCAAAAUUUGUCCACAAAAUUGGGCAUUCAUAUCAGUCACACUCCAAUUAUUUGGUGUGAUAACAUGAGUGCUGGAGAACUCUUUUCCAAUUAUGUGUUCCAUACGAGAACAAAGCACAUUGAGAUUGAUGUGCACUUUGUUAAGGAAUUGGUUACAAGAAAGUUGUUACAUGUGCAGUAUAUUGCUUUUGAAUAUCAGAUUGCGGAUGUCUUAACUAAGGCUAUUCCUUGCUCUAGAUUUGCUAUGUUACAAGAGAAGUUAAAUGUUACAGCUAAACUUCCCACUGAUGAGGGUGUUGAGUGUGUUAAUAAUGCCUGGCAUGAGCAGUUUAUUGUUGCAGAUGAUAUUGCAAGCAUGAUUUACUGA